AUGUCGUACCAUCCUUCGCCGAUGGCCCCGAGGCCAGCCGCAAACGCAUGUGCCGUUGACGGCUUCGACUGCUUCAUCGGCGUCGAGUUCGAAUACCUGGUACCUUAUGUACCCCCCGGCAAGGCAGACCCUCACCCUCGCGACACAAGGUAUGUGGUUAUAGACGAUGUCGAGACGCAAAACAGCCAGUGGGAAAUGACCAGAGACUUCGCAGCCAACCGGGCCAACGCGACGCUGCACCGACAGUUUCGAGCCGUGGGGAUACCGGCGGUGAUUGACGCCGUAGUCGAUUCCAAGGUCGGGCACAUGGACGAUGAUGAAAAACAGGCCACGAUAUAUCAGUACUUUGCCGAGCAGGCCGUCGAACAGGGCAUCCCAAUCCCACCCGAGGGCUCACCCGUCGAGCACCGGUUCUGGAGGCUCAAGACGGACGGCAGCGCCAUCUCGGUCGCGCUGCACACUCUGCGCCGCACCCUACGGUUCGUCGUGCCGCGCUCCGCAGGCUUCCACGUGCACCUGUCCAGUUUCGACGGCGGCGUCGAUCUGCUCACGGUCAAGAAGAUGAUCUCGCUGGUGUUGUUGUGCGAAGGGAUGAUCUACCAGAUGGCGAACCCGUGGAGGCUCAAGAGUAAGUUCUCCGAGAGCGUAAUGUCGGCUCUCAUGACCGUCCAAGAAAAUCGAGAAGCCAACGCCGCGAUUCCAGUCUUGGGGCGGCUCAAGACUCCACAAGAGCUGGCCAACAUGGAGAGUCUCUUAAAGACCAUGCACGAGCACCUACCAUGGCCGCUCCGUCCCUCGGAGAUGCGGCACGAGGCGCUGGAGGCUGUAUGGGCGAGCGUCAGGCAAGACGAACUAAGGAUGCGGUUCAGCGGCCUCGCCGUCAAGCGCAAGGGUGACAAGCCGACCGCGGAGGACCCAAGCGCCGGGCUGUUCACGAUCGAGAUGCGCCAGUUCGAAGGCAUGGUGGACCCAGAAACGACGUGCGCGUGGGUGAGGUUCUGCGUGGCGCUGUUCCGCAUCGCGUCCACCUACAACGCGGUGAGCUACAAGGCCAAGAUGGCGGAGCUGAACGAGAAGUUGUUUGUCGAGUAUCACAACCCGGCCAACUCUUUCACCAUGUACAAGUGCACUUUUGAAACGUUCAUGCCAGCCAUUGGCCUUCCAGACGCUGUUGACUUUUGGAGGAGAAAGUCACAACGGGACCAAAGUAUACCUGCUCUGCACUCUACCUGCCUGGCCCCUACUCGUUUGAUACCACCGCUGAUAUGGUAG